AUGUCUGACAAUACCAACGAUAAGCAGGCCCCCUCCACUCUCCAGUCCUACGUCAACUCUGCCACGGGUGCAGUUCAGAGCGCUAUUGGCAAUUUGACGGGUAACAACACCCAGCAGGCUGAGGGUCAGGUCGCUCAGGACCAGGCAAAGAUUGAGCACGAGCAGUCCAAGGCCGGCGUCAAGGCUGCCGGCGUCAGCGUCUCGAGCGAUGGCGGCAUCGCUAAGGACAAUGCCGACCGAUCUGCUGGUUCCUGGAACCAGACCAUUGGUUCCGCCAAGGAGGCCCUUGGUGGUCUCGUCGGCCACGAGGGUUUGAAGAAUGCCGGUCGUGAGCAGAAUCUCGAGGGACAGCAGCAGGAGGCCAAGGGCCAGCUCAGCGAUCUGACUGGCGGUGUCUCUGAUCGUGCCAAGGGCGUGAUGGGUGGUGCCGUGGCCAGUGCUAUGGGCGAUGAGUCGGGCAAGGCUCACUAUGACCAGAUGCGUGCCGACGGCAAGGCUGCCCAGCGUGGUGUUGAGGCUGAUCUCGAGAAGAAGGCCGAGGCCGAGCGCGCUCAGAAGAACGAGGAGUAG